UUGUGUGGCUGACCUGUAAAAGAGGGAAUCCUUGCAAUUAAGGUAAAAUCUCUUCUAAAGACCGUUCUGAUUAAAAUAAAUCCGCUGGAACAUGAUACCUUGUGAAGUCUUGUGACAAUAACGUGGGUGAAGCAACGAAUCUACGCGCAAGGAAAGAGUCAACUUGACGAUGGCAAAUUCAUCAUCAGAUGCCGAGAUGGGCGUCUCUGAAUCGGACUUCAAGCGGAAAAGACGUUGGGCAAUUGGUUUAGUAAUCAUCUAUGUCACGGUUGCGGUGGGAACGGGAAUCUUCCUUGCUUACUGGUUUACAAGAUAUCGAUCAUGGGAAGACAACUACCCACCCGGAUAUCCCGACACCCUUGGCGGACCGUACAAGCAAGCAAGCGUGGCAUCAGACGCCGGCCCGUGCUCGCACAUCGGGAAGAACAUUCUUCAGCAAAACGGUUCGGCCGUGGACUCCGCAAUCGCCACGAUGCUAUGUGUCGGAGUAAUCAAUUUACAUUCGACAGGGAUCGGAGGUGGUGGAUUUAUGCUCGUAUACAAUCGGAGUGGUCAAGUCGCUGAGGUGUUUGACUUCAGAGAAACUGCUCCAGCCGCUGCGACAAAGGACAUGUUCAAGAAUGCAAGUUACAAAGAAUUGAACAGUACGCUAGCCACAGGUGUCCCAGGUGAAGUGCGCGGUUAUCACGCAGCCUGGAGAGCGUAUGGACGGUUGCCAUGGAAACAGCUGGUGCAGCCAGCAAUCGACCAAGCAAAGUAUGGCUUCCUUAUAUAUCCUUCGCUUUACUUGACGAUUUUGAAAAAAGAACAUGACAUCAGAAAAGAUCCCGGGCUGAGAGAACUAUUCGUUGAUAAGAAAGGAAACCUGAGACAAUUAGGUGACAAUGUCACCAACCUACAAUACGCGAGAUCCCUCGAGGUGAUACGAGACAAUCCCGAGAGCUUUUACAACGGAUCUUUGGCUAACAAAAUCGUCCGAGACAUUAGAAAGCGAGGCGGGAUCAUCACUUUGCAAGACCUGAGAGAGUACAAAGUUAUCAGAAGAAAGGCAAUUAUUAACCAGUUGAAUGACAUGACUUGGUAUACAGCCCCCCCGCCCGCCAGCGGUCCUGUGAUAACUCUCAUAUUGAACAUUCUGAAAGGUUAUAACAUGACUUCACAAUCGCGUAAUUCUUUGACGUUUCAUCGUAUUAUUGAGGNNNCAAACUUCAAUUUCUGUGUUCACGUUUUACAGACAGUCUCCAAGAUGACAAAUCAGACGUUUGCCGAGUUAUUGCGUCAAAAGAUUUGGGACAACCAAACACACAGCAACGCUUCUUAUUACGGAAAAUUCCAGUUUGAAAGAGACCACGGUACUUCUCAUCUCUCUGUUUUGUCUCCGAACGGUGAUGCUGUGGCUCUUACAUCGACCAUAAACUACUAUUUUGGGUGCAAAUUUCGUUCCACAGUAACUGGGAUAGUCUACAACAACGAGAUGGGUGAUUUUUCUACACCAGGCCAGCUAAACCCAGACGAGAUCAAACCGUCCAAGAGCAACUAUAUCAAGCCUGGAAAAAGACCCCAGUCCUCCAUUAGCCCUGUUAUUUUCACUGACGGAAGUGGCAGAGUAAAACUGGUGGCUGGCGCGUCUGGAGGACCGCACAUUACAACAGCGGUUUCUCUCACGGUUGUGAAUCAGCUGUGGUUGUCACGUGGCAUUUCUAACGCUGUCAACGAUCCACGAGUCCAUCAUCAACUCUUUCCAAAUACGGUCAUUAUAGAGGAACCCCCCUACACCAUCCCCAUACGGAUUCAAGAUGGUUUAAGAGCCCGCAAACAUAAUAUCACAAUAGAGAGUUACUUUGCAUCUGUGCAGGCGGUUGUUCGAGAAAAAGAUGAAGAAAUAUUUGGGAAAAGUGAUCCGAGAAAGUAUGGAUGGCCAGACGGCUUCUAAACUGAUAACAAACUCUGAUCUCUUCUCAGACUAUACACCAGUUUUACCAA